GGAAAGGAAAUUUCGGCGUACAAAUUUUGCCGACAGAUGCCCUUGCAGUUAGUUCACUGAGCAAGCAUAUUGUCCUGUAGUCGGUGUGAUAUGGCUACGAGUAAUACAGAAGAAAUUGAGGAAGUGGAACGGAAGGAGCAAGAGGUAACUAAUUUCGAUGAAUUUCCACCAGAGGUUUUAAUUAAACAUCCACUACAACAUACAUGGACUCUUUGGUACUAUGAACCUGAUAGGAAUAAAUCAUGGGAAGAAAGUCAAAGGCAAAUUUCAAGCUUCGAUACAGCAGAAGAUUUUUGGAGCUUAUACAAUCAUAUAAAAUGUGCAUCAGACUUAAGACAAGGUUGUGACUACAGCAUGUUCAAACAAGGAAUUAAACCUAUGUGGGAAGAUGAUGCUAAUAAAAGUGGUGGAAGGUGGCUCAUGAAUUUAGAUAAAAAACAAAGAGCCACAGAUUUAGAUCAUUUUUGGUUAGAGACUCUCUUAUGUAUGAUUGGUGAAGCCUUUAAUGGAUACUCUGACGAUGUUUGCGGAGCUGUAGUAAAUGUGAGGCCCAAAACAGAUAAAAUCGGUGUAUGGACAGCAAAUGCUAAUAGCGAAGAUAGCGUCAUGGAAAUUGGACGCAAAUUGAGAGAGAGAUUAAAAAUCGCAUCAAAAGUUACUAUAUCAUACCAAAUACAUAAAGAUAUUAUGGUAAAAGCAGGAAGUCAAACAAAGAAUGUCUAUGUAAUCUAAAAACUGUUGAUGUUACAUUAAUGUCAUCGUUAUUCAUCAAAAAACGUCAAACCAGGAACAUGUAUCAGAAAUAUUGAAGUUGUGCAAAAUCAAGUCAGAUGACCACAUCAAAUUAAAUGAAAAUUCAAUGUAAAACUUUUUAAAAGCUACAUCUUCAUUAUAGCUAAGUAUUUUCCUAAUGCAAGUCAUUGAACAAAAACUAAUAAAUAUAUACUAAAGCAAA